AUGGCGGCCUUGCCAGCUCUCCCGUCCAUCGAGGACUGCAGUAAUUUCGCCAUAACGGUCGAGCCCUUUCUCAACCAGCUAUACCAGCUCCCUGAACGCCUCGUUGACAGCGCCGGAAGCCUGGAAGCCCUGAAGCGCGUCUACGUCGAAACAAACCCGCUUGUUACCGGGUUUGCAGCGUCAAUAGUCAUAGCUGGCAUCUGUCUGAUUGUUUCCGAGGUGAACAGAAACUAUUCUCAGGUGGACCGCUUAUGGAGUAUUUUGCCCAACCUGUACAUCAUCCAUCUUGCAUCUUGGGCACGGCUUGCCGGGCUGCCCCACGGACGGAUAGACUUGGUAGCGGUUUUUUCUACUGCAUGGAGUAUUCGCUUGACGUAUAACUACUGGCGUCGCGGGGGCUAUAACGUUGGGUCAGAGGACUACCGCUGGGAGAUUGUAAAAUCCAAGGUGCCUGGCUUUCUGUUUUUCAUUUUCAACGUCACCUUCAUCUCUGUCAUCCAAAGCAUCCUGCUUUUUGCCAUUUCAUGUGUGCCGGCAUACGCAAUCCUGCUUUCGACACGAUUUGAACCCAAUCCCACGGCCGCCGACUAUGCCUACCUUGCUGUCGAACUAGCUCUAGUCUUGAGUGAAUGGAUAAGUGAUGGUCAACAAUGGACCUACCAAAGCGCCAAGCAGCAGUAUAACAAAACCGCCAAGUUGCCCAGGGGCUGGAACCAGGCCGACCUAGACAGAGGCUUCAUCAGCAGUGGACUCUGGGGGUAUAGCCGCCAUCCAAACUUUCUAGCGGAGCAAAUGAUUUGGUUCGUCCUGUACCAGUGGAGCUGCUACGCUACCAACUCGCCAUAUAGCUGGACAAUCCUUGGGUCUGGUAGCUUGAUUCUGCUUUUCCAAGGUUCUACGCGGCUCACCGAGGAUAUAUCUGCUGCAAAGUAUCCCGACUACGUCGAAUAUCAGAGGCAGGUGGGCAUGUUCAUUCCCAAGUCUGUUUGGCCCUACAAGACCCCUUCAUACCAGCCCAAGGUUAUAAGGGGGAGCGACUUGGCCAAACGACAGCAGCAAAAGCAAAAAGCAACUUGA